AUGAGGGAAAACUCAGAGAAAAACCUGCAAGAGAUGUUUAACGGUGACCUCUCAGUAGACGAUGAACAAUUGAACUCCAUAGCAGAGGAUGACUCUCUAUUAGACUCAAACGGCGAUAUAGUGUGCAGCCAAAGCAGUCCACCACCGGGGCGUUACAACCAAAAGCGAAGAAAUGACAACCAGAACAGACGUAGCCGCCAGCAGCAGAGCAGAACAAGCAGAGCCAGCAAAAGAAAACAGCCUGCCAACGAACCCAAAUUCCAAGCAAGGAGAGGAGUUCAAGGAAGAAGCCCUUUUAGAAAACAUUCACGCCACACCGCCUCCGAUCGUGAUGAAAUCUCUCGAAUGAAAGACAAAAUAGAGAGCUCCGAACAAUCAGUCAUUAAACUGAAAAGACACAUGGAAAACGGCAAUUGUCUGCCGGACUUGCGUUACGACGCAAAAGCGAACAUUUUUCCAGACGAGGAUUUUAAAUCUGACAUUAAAGCCAUCGGAAAGGAGGCUGAGCAGAAAUUUCUAGGAGCGCUCAUUAGGUUUCACAACCAUCGCAUCGACUGCAACCAGGCACAAUUGCGAAAAGCCAAAUCUUGUAUUAAGAAUACAUCAGUUAAAGCAGGCAACAGUCAAUCUGACUCAUGUAACAUUCCAGAAAGUUUAAAAGCUAUAACAGCUAACUUAGAGAAACGCCUUGAAGAAGUAAAUGCAAUGUUGUACGACCUUAAAGAGGCAAACAAUAAAACUGUUGAAACUUACACUCGUGUGGUCUCUGAGUCAGGGUCUAGUAAUAAGAAGGACUACGGGAUUAGAAAGCGCAAAUUUAAGAACAAAAAACACACAGAAAGACGAAAGAAAACCCGCAAAGAUAUUAGAGCUAUGAAAACAGAAUCCAAUAGAAAAUACAUAAAGAACCUCUCCAAUCUUGAACUUACAAAUGAUCAGAUAAAUCUGCUCUCUCGUGGAUUAAAAUUUGUCCCUACGCCUACAACAAACGAAACUGCAUUAAGAAAACAACUCCUUACAGACUUCAAAGAUUUUGCUAGGAGAAUGCGGCUCCAGUUUAUAUAUCACGGCAAGGACAAAAACAUCCACCCCUUCUACGAUAAGUCAAACUGGGAACCACCAUUUCAGCAGUCUGUCACCCUAGAGAGCCAUCUAGAAGAAAUUAAAAUACAACUUGCGCACACACCAAUAACCAAAGCUAUACCCAACCUACCUCUAAAUGAGAGAAAAGCUAUCACAGAGCUGAAAAACAACUCUGAAAUAAACGUCAAGAAAGCGGAUAAAGGUACUUCCACAGUCAUAAUGAACAAACUAGAUAAAACACAAGAGGGGCAGACCCUACUAGACGAUGGAAACAACUACACACCCCAUGAAGACCCCAUGGUAGGGGUAACUUUCCAAAAAGUGAAACAAAUAGUUGAAGAACUUCAUCUGGGAAGUUUGAUUGAUGAAAUGACUGUUAAGAGCAACUCCAUGCAAAUAUCGACCAAAGUGCGGCAAGGUUCAAACAAUAAAAAUCGCUCUUCUUUUGCAUACUGAUAGACUUUAGUAAGUGUACAAACGCCAUGUAGUUUUUUCUUCGAAAGAUCUGUUCGUUUCCGAGAAAAACAAGAAAACCGUUUCAAGCCCCGCCGUCGAUUUCGCAAGCCGAAAACAGGGUUGAAAUUCACCAUGAUUCGCUCAACUUGCAUUUCAAAACAACCACGCUAGAAAAAAGGCUUGUUGCUAAAAUUGUAAGUAUAACUCGUUGUUGACCAAAAUAUAUAAUGUUUUUAGCAUUAUUACAGUCUGAGUAAUUAUAAAAAAGCUAAAGCGUAUGUCUACCUGUUGUUCAACCACGGAAGGUAGUUGAAAAAAGCGCCGAUUUUCAUCAUGUGCCUUUGAUCAGAAUUUUUCAGGAUUGAAGGGGAAAACACUAUAAGCAUCAAACUAUUAUGCUACGUUAAAAUUAUUUUGGGGAAAUCAUUUUGAGCUUCUCAGAAAUUAUUUGAAAUUCCUAUUACAGACAACAUAAAAUAACGCCAUCCAACACAUUAGUCACGCGACCACCAACAACAAUUUGACUUUAGGUUUCCGUUUACAACGCUGGUAGCCUUGAUAUGAAGAACAAUUUUUUUGAAAAGCUCACCUUAACCUGUAUCUGUUGUACUUCAAGCUGCAAUUUGUUUCAUUUUGCCAUCUUAUCACCUAUGUUACCAUAGUCGUGAAGUCCGCUGGAAUGUGUGCGUUCACAUUGUAGCGAAUGUGGAGGUGCGUGACAGCUUUCUGGUAAUUUCUUCAUCCCUCUGUUUUCUCUAAUGUUUUCAAGUUAACAUCUCAUGCUUGUUAAAAAUUUUGAGAAACCUGGACCUUAAAAAAGCCGUCUAUAAAAUAAAGCUCAGUAGUUUAACAAAGCAAAGUUCCUUGCUCGUGGAUCCGUUCACUUCAAUUAAUCUCAUUUGCAUAGGAGUGUGCCAAGGGUCUACUUCCGGUGAAAUACACGUGACGAGCUUUACCGACUUUCACCCGUUACUUCCAGUACACUGAAGAUUCAUCUUUUAUACUCCUCCUUCUUCAAAAAUACUCCAGUUGACAUCAUUUCACCCGAGAAUUAUCUUUAAUAUUCUGACGUUUUAGGCAUUUGAUUAACAUUAUCGAAUUAAAUUUAGUUUAAUUUGAUUCAACUGUUCAUUCCCACUUGAAAAAGACAAAGAUCUUUGCAUAAACAGUGUUUGUGUGCGCUCUUCUUCAAUGAAGCUAUGGAAGGUUCGUGUUCCUUCGAGUCAUUAGUAGGUACUCUGUGUUCGUUUGAUAGAAGGGAUAAGUAGAGAUCAACUGAGAAUGUUCCUUUGUCGCUGUCAAACUAUUAAGGAUGUAACUGGGCAUAGGUCUCUUUCUGGUAUUGAAAGCGAAUCAGACUUUAUUUUAGCUCAGAACUGACCAGCCAGACCAUUCCCGUCACAAUGAUAAUUUCCCUUUUAAUCAAACUCUUCAGCUAGAUGAGCCAAAUCCGACAUGAUAGUAUGCUCGAAAGAGAACGUUUUUCAGCAAAAACUCUUGGAAAAAUCCUACUUCAUUUUCAAAAUGACUGGUCAGGAGGUCCAGCCGGCCAGUUCUGACGGAUGGAAAGCGCCCUAAGUUCCUUUAAGAUAUGCCCUUUCCAUCGUUCUGAGCUCGGUAUUGGAUGGCGACGGAACAGUUCUUCCAAUUCGUGCCAAGUUCCAAAGGAAAUCGCCAAUCACAUAAUUGAAAGGAGGGGGAAACCUAUUAAAGCCGACAAAGGAGUUAGAGGAAGAACAUUUCAGAAUAUAUCUAUCAGCAAACCGGUAUCCUCAUUCCUGUAGGUUCAGGUACUCUCGGUUUAUUCAUUGUAUUAUACUCUAAUAAGUCACUUAGAUUCAAUCCGCGAAUACUAUAUAAAGUUUACCAUAGUUGUCAACUCUCUUAGAUAACCCAGAGUCUCCGGGUACGGCACCAAUCCACCUAAUCUGGCCGAUAAAAUAAAACUUUCAGUUUUUCUUUUAGUUUGAAAUUAAACCUGAUUUCCCCUAGAGUAAAUAAUUUUUUUGUAAAAGUUAAAGAUUAUAGUCCAGUUCUGAUGGCAUUUGUUGUUGUCGUUGUUGUUGUUGUUUUUUUUUACAUUUCCCCCAAACGACUGACUUGUACCUCAUUCAAGACAACGUGUGGGGGAUAUGGCGUCGGAUAGAACUCAACGAUUCCACAUUCGAACAGCAAAACAAGUGGUCGAUGCAACUCCUGGAGAGAUUGCAACCUUGUCCCCAGGGUUCUCUCUAUACCCGCCCUACGGACGGAUAGGAGAUUGCGCCAGAAGACGCUGAAAAACUCUGGGUAUCCUUAGUUCAAUCCCAAAUUGUAGCUCAGCAGACCAAUGACGAAGCCAUUGACUUCAAGCUCAUUAGCAGACGCGCUUGCAGAAUGUUACAAGAACGCAGGACACUGGGGAUCACGAAGAGAUAUCUUAUCUCUUAGGGACGGACUAUUAGAAAGAUUAUGGGGGGGAAUUUUGAGCCGCAGGAAUUUUUUUCCUUAUCAAAUUCCUGGUUUAAAUUUUUUUAGGCCGUAGCAUGAAUAUUUUAUAGGGUUAAUUGGCGUGCAUGAAUUUUUUCCAUUUAAUUUUCCCUUGCGCGAAUAUUUUUUUGGGUUUACUAUGUGUUGAAUUAACAUAAGCGAACUUCGUUAGAAAUCAUGCGUGUUGGUUAUGAGUCUCAAACAGAGUUUAAUAUAGAAUGGCAAACUUGAACAGAUGGCAACGGAAAACAUUUUGCCGUAAACCUAGACCUGAAACAAAGAAUAGGGUAAGUACUUUAACAUUUAGAACUUUGUUUGUGAAUAUUAGCAAGACUUUUUAGGACAGACGUUUGAUGACCUUUGCCUGGUCGACUGACAAUGGUCACGCAUAUGUUAAAGAUGGCGUUACUUUAUGUUGUCUGUAAAACGAUUUUCAAAUAAUUUCUGAGAAGCUCAAAGUGAUUUCCCAAAAAACAUUUUUACAUAACAUAAACGUUAGAUGCCUGUAGUGUAUUUCCCUUCAAUCUGAAAACAUUCUUAUGAAAGGCACAUGAUGAAAAUCGUCGCUGUUUUCAACGACCUUUAGUGGGUAAACAUCAGGUAGCCGUACGCUUUAGCUUUCUUUAUAAUUACUCAAAGGGUUGUAAUGUUAAAAAUAUUAUAUAUUUUGAUCAACGACGAGUUAAACUUAAAAUUUUAGCAAUAAGUUUUCUUCCUAGCGCGGUUGUAUUGGAACGCGAGUCCAGCGAAUCAUGAUGAAUUUCAGCCCUGUUUUUGGCUGGCGAAAUCGACGGUGGGGCUUGAAACGGUUUUCUUCGUUUUUCUCGGAAACGAACAGAUCUUUCGAAAAAAAAAAUACAUAGCGUUUGUAUACUUACUAAAGUCUACCAGUCUGCAAAAGAAGAGCGAUUUUGAUUUUUUUGAGCCUUGCCACGAAUCGGCGAUUUUGGUCGAUUUUUGCAUGGAUUCGCUAUUAAAUGGUUAUCACAGACACCUAAUCCACCCAGAAUACCUGUCUUCAACACCCUCACAAAGAUUCAUAAGCCAACUCCUGUUGGCUGA